AUGAGGAAACGUGCGACGGCGGCAUGGGGAGUGGCAAUUGUGUGUUUCGUGGUACUAAUGUUGGUCACUCCCAAAAUCCCCCAGUCUCAAGAAUAUCAUGACUUCGCCGAUCAACGUGAAGUUUUCGGGAUACCAAAUACGUUGAACGUGAUCUCGAAUUUCCCAUUUUUGAUCAUUGGUCUAAUAGGUCUAAUACUUUGCUAUUACAGAAACUAUUUUAAGCUGAGCUUGCAGGGUGAACUCUUGGGUUGGACAUGUUUUUACGUUGGCGUGGCAGCUGUUGGUAUUGGUUCCUCUUACUAUCAUCUCAAGCCUAAUGAUGAGCGCCUUGUAUGGGAUCGCUUGCCGAUGACUAUUGCAUUCACAUCUAUCAUUGCGAUAUUUAUAAUCGAGAGAGUAGAUGAUCGCAAGGGAACUGUGUCCAUUAUCCCCCUCCUUCUGGCUGGUGUAGUCAGCAUAUUGUAUUGGAGGUUUUUCGAUGACCUGCGCCCUUAUGCUGUGGUACAAUUUGUACCUUGUAUAGCAAUACCAAUAAUGGCUAUAUUACUGCCUCCUAUGUACACACAUUCCACAUAUUGGCUUUGGGCUGCAGGGUUUUAUCUCCUAGCUAAGAUUGAAGAAGCAGCUGACAAACCCAUUUACAAUUUGACUCAUCAUAUUGUGAGUGGGCACACACUAAAACAUUUAUGUGCAGCAAUGGUCCCUGUCUUCUUGACUCUUAUGCUUGCAAAGAGGGAUAUUGCAGAAGAAAGGCUCAGUUUACUGCAGAUUUGGAGAAUAUCAUGGAAAAAGGUUAAGAAAAAUGGUAAAGACGAGGAGAAUCUCUCGUCUACAUAUUCUGUUGUUCCAGUUGUUGAGUAA